UGCAAGGAGUUGAAAGGAAGGGUAAUUUUUUGUCUCCUUUGGUGUGUUCCAGAAAGCCUGGGGUGAACCUCCCUGAGCCAGAGCCUCCAGUUGUCUCCAGACCCUGGGGUUCCCUCUCCCCUGAACCCUGGCACCAUGGGUGGCAUCAUGGACAUCUCUUUCAUGUACCGAUGGUUAAAGAACUUAAAUCUGGUCCCAAACCUCUCUGACAAGUACGUAUUCAUCACUGGCUGUGACUCUGGCUUCGGGAAACUUCUGGCUCGGAAACUGGAUGAGCGAGGGAUGCGGGUGCUGGCUACCUGCUUCACUGAGGAGGGAGCCCAGGAACUCCUAAGGGCAUGCUCCCACCGGCUACAGGUCACCUUUUUGGACGUCACCAAGACAGAGAGCAUCAAGGCAGCAGCCCAGUGGGUGAAUGCCCAAGUGGGAGAUCAAGGGCUCUGGGGCCUGGUGAAUAAUGCUGGAAUCGGCCUGCCCAGUGGCCCCAAUGAGUGGCUGACCAAGGAGGAUUUCGUAAAGGUGAUAAAUGUGAACCUGGUAGGACUGAUUGAGGUGACCCUGAACAUGCUGCCAAUGGUCAAGAGGGCCCGGGGCAGGGUCAUCAACAUGUCCAGCAGUGGGGGCCGAGUGGCAGUCAUUGGCGGUGGUUACUGUGUCUCCAAGUUUGGUGUGGAGGCCUUCUCUGACAGCAUCAGGAGAGAGCUCUAUUAUUUUGGAGUGAAGGUCUGCGUCAUUGAGCCUGGAAACUACCGGACCUCCAUUUUGGGCAAGGAGGACAUAGAACAACGCAUGCGACACCUAUGGGAGCGGCUGCCCCAGGAGACAAAAGAUAGCUACGGAGAGCAGUACUACUACCUUUACACUAAAAACUUAAAAAAUUUGACCAGACUGGCAGAACCGAAAAUCAGGGAGGUCAUAGACUGUAUAGAGCAUGCCCUCACCUCUCGAAGUCCUCGGAUCCGCUACAAUCCUGGCCUGGACGCCAAACUCCUCUACAUCCCACUGGCCAGAUUCCCCACACCAUUGACAGACUUCAUUCUGAGCCGAUACCUCCCAAAGCCAGCAGAUAGUGUCCUAUGAGACACUGAGAAAGGGGUAUUGGGGUCUGGUAAGGUGCAUAGAAGUCCCAGUGGGGCUGAGUGUGAGGAGCCAUUUUCUUCAGCUGAAACUUUCACCCCCAGGACUUUUUAUGCCCCUCACAAUGAGCUCUCACCAAGCCAAUGCUUAAUGCAAACCUAGUGUAGCAUUCCCAGGUUCAGAAACCCCACCAUGAUGCUGGGAAGCCACAGGAGUAUAAUAAUAAUAAUCCACAUUUACGUAGUAUUUUCUUGGUUUACAAAGCACUUUUUUCACAAUAACUGUGUGAGGCGGGUGAUAAAGUAUUAUUCUCUCAAUUUUACAGAUAAACUGAGACUCAGAAAAUUGAAACGAUUUGUCCAAGUUUGCACAUCUAGUGAUCAGCAGAGGUAGGAGCCAAACCUAGGUCUUCAGAUUCCACAACUAGCGGUCUUUCCAUUACACCCGGUUGCAUUGCAUCCUCAGGAUGACCAGCAACUCAGGCUUAUCAGAUUUUUGCUGACAUGCAAUGCCACAGUCAAGAAGAGGACAAGGAGUUCCUUCUAAAUAUUUAACCAAUAAAUAUAAUCAGUUCCCAAUUCUCCAAACUAAAAAAUGGUGAGGAAGUUGUGGGGAGUCAUUUGCAAUAAGAUAUAAUUUUUUAAAUGUCUAUUUUCUAUUUUUGGUCUUUGAAAAUAAGGAAAAGCUCAUCAUCUCACCCUCCAAAUUGGAAGUUGUGAGACAACACCACAGUCAUCAUAUCCAAGAUUCUGAUCCAAGUAAAAACCUUGAAAUGCUUUCCCUAAAAUUUCCCAGUGUUUUAUUCAGUAGGUGGAUGCUGUGCAUAUUAAUAAACAUUUACAAUCUC